CGCUUUAUUUUAGAUGCUUCGUGCAGCAUAACGGUAUCCGUAGUAAAAUAAGUCGCGCUUCAAAUAGACUUGCGUUUUAAUUUUAAAAUUUGAAAAAAGAAAAAUGAAUUCGAAUUACAAGUGUCCGAUACCGAUUUUCGACAGCGUGUUUAGUAUUAAAAUUCUUAUGUACAAAAAUUACUUAGUCGAUAUUAAUACCAAAAUGUCAUAAUCAGAAAACAGUGUUGUUUGUUUGCGGUGUUUCGGUGGUAACGAUGGCCAACUCCCCAACAAGUAUUGAGACGCAAAUAGACAGUUUCUUAGAACAAUUUAAAAAAAGUGCUUCGAAGGCAAUGGAAGAACGGAUGGAGUGGCCUGACGGGCCAUUACCAGGUGGAGUAGUUAAAUCACGAAGUAGCUGCUUCACCUUAGAUUCUCCUGUUGAAGCGGAAUGCGAUGGAUGCAGCAGCGAGAAUGACGAAGGUCGAAAUGUUGGAGAGUUAUUGCUGCCACAGUAUGCUCUUGCCACUGGCGGUUUGGCGCGCGACCACCGUCCUCUUAUCACGUUCCCAGACAACAAUAACUUCCACGUACUUACACCAAGUGAAUACCGCCGACUCCUACUCUACCUCACUUCAGUGCCCUCACUACUGGAAGCGGAAAUGGGCUUCCACAUAAUAAUUGACCGGCGGAAAGAUAGAUGGAACUCUGUAAAAGCAACGUUAUUGAGAAUAUCCGAAUUCUUCCCUGGCGUAAUCCAUACGGUGUAUGUCUUACGUCCCGCAAGCUUUCUUCAAAAGGCAUUAUCGGAAGUGAGCAGUAAAUUAUUCAAAGAGGAGUUCCGGUUUCGUGUGCUGGUCUGUUCUUGUGUGGAAGAGUUGUACGAACACUUCGACAGGUCACAGCUAACUCCAGAUUUGGGCGGUGAAUUACAGUAUUCACAUUCAGAGUGGAUUCAACAACGGAUAGCUUUAGAGAAAUUUUCGACUCUAAUGAAGGAGAUAUCCACGAAAUUGGACGAGUUUAUGCACGAAAUAGUUGAUUGCGACAUGGGAAACGAUCCCGCACAAACCAAAGACCUUUUAGACUGUCAAGAAUCUAGUUAUAAAGCUUUAAAAACCGAACUGGCGUCAGCGACAACGCAAGGCGAAGAUUUGCUGACACAAGUGCGAAAACCAAAUCUUACUUAUAAUAUUAUUAGUCACGUGGCCGCUGUUGAAAGGCUACUAGUUCAACUCGAAGAGACUGAAAAACAAUUCGACAACUUUUGGAAGAAACAUUCCAUGAAAUUAAACCAUUGGCUCAAGUUCCGAACAUUUUUAUUAAACUUUAAACAAAUGCAGGCGACUUUAGACACGCAUUUAAAGGCAGCAUGUGAUAUGACAGAAGUGGGUGAAACUGCGAACCGGGUCGAUGGCCUAAUACAUGAGGCUAACGAUUUUGAAAAACUAUGCAAUGGAGAUCUAGAAGCUGCAUCAUCAGUAAUUGACGAAGGUGAAACAUUGAUGCAAGAUCCAUUGAGUUCAGUGGAUCAUAUCGAGUCAAAAUGUGAAGAAUUAAGACGAACGAGUGCUUUAUUGUUGGACAAAAUAAAUAAACGAAAUCUGCUUUUGGCUAAAGCAAGAGAAGUUAUGGAUCGAAUAGACAAGGCAAAUGAAUGGUGUACCACUGGAGUUGAAAUUUUGGCGGGAGAAGGCGGUCUUAUAGCUGUAGAUAAACUCAUAGAAGAUGCGAAGACAUUCGGACUGACGUCACCCGAAGAAUUCCGGGAGAUGCUCAUGCAAUCUGCAACACAGGAAACAAGGGCGCUAGUGACACAAGUAUCACAAAGAGUAGAAGAUGUGUGGUUAAUGGUGACUGUGAAGCGGGCAACACUUCAGCGAGCAGCGGCUAAGCCUGCUCGUCCCGUGCAGUCUGUCCCACCACAGAGUGCUGCCAUACUACCACUAGCCGAAAAGAUGGAGACAUCAGGAGGGUCAGAAAGUUCUGGAGGAGAAGAUUCAGAGGCUCGGCGAUCACGGAGAGGCCACGUUCUUGCGGAACUUCUACAGACUGAGAGAAUCUACGUACAAGAAAUGGGCUCAAUUCUCACUGGAUACAAAGAUGAAAUUGAAAAAGCGGAAAACCAACACGCCCUGCCAUCAGGAUUAGCAGGACAGGCAGAUGUUCUGUUUGGAAACCUUCACGAACUCUUCACAUUCCAUCAAGAAAUAUUUCUUAAGGAUUUAGAAAAAUCCAUCUCAGCGACAGAACUUGUUGCGCUCUGUUUUGUUGAAAAGAGAGAAACAUUCUUCCGCCUAUACAGUUAUUAUUGCCAAAACAUACCUCGUUCAGAAAGGCUUCGAGAGACACUGGUGGACACACAUCUAUUUCUUCAGGCUUGCCAACAACGCCUCGGGCACAAGCUGCCCUUAGCUGCUUAUUUGCUCAAACCAGUGCAAAGGAUUACUAAAUAUCAGCUUUUAUUAAAGGAUCUCCUCCGGUAUAGCGAUUGUGGGUCAAUGAGUGCUGGUCUCCAACAGGCAUUGGACUGUAUGCUGGUGGUCCUCAAAUGCGUAAAUGACUCCAUGCACCAGAUCGCUAUAACUGGCGUACCGGUUGAUCUCAAUCAACAAGGCGAACUUCUAUUGCAAGGGUCCUUCCUCGUAUCAUCUGAGACAAAACGCGAUCUCCGACUGCGUAUACGUCCGCGACGCAGACAUAUUUUCCUUUAUGAAAAAGCGAUGCUCUUCUGCAAACCAGCUGCUAAGAACAGCCACAAUAAAGCCACUUACCACUUCAAACAUGACUUGCAGAUGUCCCAAAUCGGUCUAACCGAGUCCGUAAAGGGUGAUGUGCGUAAGUUCGAAGUAUGGCGUCAAGGCAGGGCCGAAGUGCAUACGAUAAGUGCGCCCACUGUUGAAAUUAAAAGGGCCUGGGUUGAGAGGAUCAAAAGGGUUCUACUUGACCAGCUCAAGGAACUCAAGGGAGAACGGGUCAGACAAUACGCACAACAUCAUAGGACACUAAUUCAAACCAGCUCCUGGGAUCUGGGUCCCCAAAAGGAGCGACCCCAGCCACCAUCGAAUCCUUCACGAACGGGUUCUUGUGAUAAUCACGAUGAGCCCUGCUGGUCCACAGAUCCGUCAGAGGACGAAGAAGACGAAGCCGAGCACGCACCGGCGGUGGGUUGCGCGCUCAUGGCCCUGUCCGACUACACCGCGGUGGGAGCCAGUGAGGUAUCCCUUCGGGAGGGGCAACACGCAGAGCUACUUAAGGUGGGCUGCGCGGGAUGGUGGUACGUGCGACUUGCAGGUGGUCAGGGUGAAGGUUGGGCGCCGGCGGCUUACCUUGACCAGCGUAAGACUUCGCGCUCGUCGAGUCGUUCUCACGACCGACUGCACGACCACUAAACUCGAAUGGCGUUAACUCGCAAAUCACUUUGAGCCUUUGACCCAAUAGCUUUACUCCAAUUAUAAGUCUUCUUGGAUAAGACAUAUGGCUAUUGAUGAUUAUUCUUGUCAACAGCCAUGAAGGUCUUAAGCGUCGUUUUCUGUUUGGGCAUAGAAUGCAUUUCAAAAUUUUGUAAAUAGUUGUUUCUAGAAGUUGUAGCGUUUUUUGUACCAUAGUGAGCCUUUUUGACGUAGUGCACUGUGUUUCGUUCACCUUUAUGUAGUUUAUAAUACUGUGACGUUUGUAGAUGUAUCAAUGACCUUAUAGUUAAAAGUAACCCGACUUAAGUCAAAAAAUCGGAAAUUUCAAUAAUCCAAGUUUACAAAGUGCGCUUACCCGCUUGUGUAAUGUUAUAUAUAAAUGUUAUAAAAGCUUUAUUGUAUUAUCCCCUUACUUAUAAACAUAUCUUAAUAUUACUAAUAAUUUAGGACUUAAGUAAUGUAAAUUGUACGACUAUUUUUAUAAGUAAGGGGAUGUGCUAGAUGUGUAUGAGAAUCCAAAGUGUAGUGGCGUAGAAAAUUGUUAAGCGGUAUGAGAUUGAGGUUGUUAUAUAUGAAAAAUCAAAUCAGAAAUCGACCUUUAGAAAGAGAUAAUGAGCGACUUCUUAGAUCGCUGUCUCUGUUACACUUAUGAUAUAUUUACAAGCCCUUAAAUAUCCUUAUCACUUUGUAAUGUGAUACAGAUAAAAAUUUAAUUGGUUAAUCAUUUCACUUCGAACUCCUUUUUAUUAUGGGACAUAGACAAAUAGAAAUUUUCAAAGAUCGGUAUGCAAUUCAAAUUUGUUUUUUAGAAGGUUUCGCAAUAUUGGUAUCAAUCCUUUGCUUUUUUUUAUAACACAAAGUCUUUAAAGAUAUUUAAAUAUCUGUAUCGAUAUUUCGAUGUUGGGACCUAAAAUUUCAUAAACGUUUUCUUUGUAUAUUUUCUACCAUUUACGUUAAUUCUAAAAUAAUAAAACCUUAUCUUUGACUCCAAUACUUGUAAAUAUUUAGUUUUAGUUAUUUAUUUCAAAUGAGUUAGUCUCAAACGUCCAUGACAAAUGUGUACAUAGUUUGGUACAUUACCCUCUCAUUUCACGAUGUAACAACCAAAAUAUAUCCCAUAGCAGAUUAAGCAUAAUUUAACAGUUUGAGACAAUAAUAAUAUCGUGAAAUGUUUCUUAAGGUUGUAAGAUAAAGAUUGUAGCUAUCAAAGUAUCAUAUCCAUGUAAUCAUAUCAUUGUCGCUUUGCGUUUGUUAUUUAAAAACGGCGUAUAACGAAAACCCCGUAAUUUCUGAAAUUAGCAUAAAUUGUAGAGUCGAUUGGCUAUGGCUAACAUUCAUUGACAAGCUGACUCUUCCAUCUGUCAAACUCUAGUGCUCUACGAUUCUAUCCCAUCUGGUAAUUGACUUAUGGAUUUUGCCAAAAAUGCUUAAAAAUGUCUGUCUGAAUAUUUACGACACCUCUUCAGUUACAAAUUACUGGGAUGUCAUCAUACCAUAAAUCGCGCUACUUAAGUUAUUCCGAGCGCUUAGGACAACUCGACCUUAGUUGUAGCCACCGGGGUGUUACGGCCGGCCAGUGAUUUAACUGGCCAACGUUACUUUCUUUACAUCUUAGGUAGUACCUCCUACACCUAACAAAUUUGUCAUUAAUUUUAGAUAUUUUAUAUCGUAUAGCCGUAUUUGUUUUGAUAUAUCAUUUUUAAGGACCAUUUCAUAAUAAACGGGGUACGGGAUUUUGUUAUACGCUGUAUUUUAAAAGUAUUUGUGAGUGAGGUGCCUAUUUGCUUUUUGGUGUUAUAAAUACCUAGGUGUCUACUAGUCUACGUUUUUAUAUCUGUGUUGUUGGUAUGCAUUUGAGAUGUCAUUAUUAUUUGUCAAAUGCAUUUUGUUACGAAUCAUGCAAAAUAAACAUUACAAGGAUUUUACCAUUUUAUUUGUUUUAUUUUAAUAUUUUGGCUAAGUUUCAUAAUCCACGCUUUAUUUCCUUAGAAAAUUAUUUUAACUUCUUUUCUUUAUAUCAUCAAUACAAGAUUUUGUAAAGUUAGUAUAAUGUAGUAAAUGUGUAAUUCCAUAUUGAAAGUGCAAAUAAAAUAAGUACGGCUGUGAACUCCUCAGGGACAACUUAUAGAUUACUCAUAUUAAAAAAACC